AUGAAUCUGUGCUGCAGCCAGUACGGGUGGUGCGGUGACACCGAGCCCUACUGUGGGCAGGGCUGCCAGAGCCAGUGCGGUCCAUCGGGCGGCAUCUCCGGCGUGAUUUCGAGAUCUCAGUUCGAAGACAUGCUCAAGCACAGGAACGACGGCGCCUGUCCGGCCAGGGGUUUCUACUCUUACGACGCAUUUCUUACAGCCGCGAGCUCCUUCCCUGCCUUCGGCACCACCGGAGACACCCCCACUCGCAAGAAAGAGAUCGCCGCCUUCUUCGGCCAGACCUCCCACGAAACUACCGGGGGGUGGGCAACAGCACCCGAUGGUCCAUACGCAUGGGGAUACUGCUUCAAGCAAGAACAGAACCCUGCCUCUGAUUACUGCUCCAACAGUGCCACGUGGCCUUGUGCUCCCGGCAAACGCUACUACGGCCGCGGUCCCAUGCAGCUCACCUGGAACUACAACUACGGACAGUGCGGGAGGGACAUAGGGGUGGACUUGCUGAACAACCCUGACCUCGUGGCCAACGAUGCCGUGAUCGCCUUCAAGGCCGCCAUCUGGUUCUGGAUGACCCCUCAGUCCCCUAAACCGUCGUGCCACGCAGUCAUCGUGGGACAGUGGACACCGUCAGGAGCUGACCAGGCGGCGGGAAGAGUGCCGGGCUACGGAGUGAUCACCAACAUCAUCAACGGUGGACUCGAAUGCGGCCACGGACAGGACAACAGGGUUGCUGACCGGAUAGGCUUCUACCAGAGAUACUGCAGCAUACUCGGGGCUUCUCCUGGUCCUAAUCUUGACUGCUACAACCAGAGGCCUUUCAACUCUGCUCUCCUGCUGGACGCUCUCCUCUGACUCGCAAGAGGCCGAAAUAAAAAUGUAUUACAAAAGUCUCACUAAAUAAAAAUACUCUAUGGUUCUCGUUGA